AGAAAACAGGAAGAAAACGUCUCAAAUGUCAUGAUCAGAUUCCGAGUCCUUGCAUGCGAAGUCUGAUCUUGCAAAGGCGCCCCUCCUCCGCCUUUCCGCCUUCUUCAGAAACAGGGACUCAAGGGAGUCCACCAGGCUUUUCUAAUCAUCGGUAUUCGCAGAGAUCUAACCAGAGAACGCUUCACAGGUCGCCUCUGAGAAGGGUUCUGGUUUCACCGACUGCGGCGGAGGCAGUUUCAUCACCAAUUUCUGAUCAACACAUGCUGACUGGUGCCCCCUAUCUGAGCAGGGCACUUUUCCAGCGAAUUACCGCUACUCUAAGACAAGCCUCCGCUCUCAGCACGAUUAAACAGCAGCCGCACACUCGAAUCAUUUCCCAAUCCUUCACAGCAAGGUUCUUCACGAUGGGGCUGAGAAAGGAGAAAACAAAGUUAAGCACGAAACUAGCAAUCAUUGGAUCGGGCCCUGCGGCACACACUGCCGCAGUAUAUGCGGCGCGCGCGCAACUCGAGCCUGUUCUCUUUGAGGGGUGGCUGGCGAAUGGGAUUGCUGCGGGCGGCCAAUUGACCACCACAACCGACGUUGAGAACUUCCCUGGCUUUCCUGAAGGCAUCCAUGGCUCUGAGCUGACUGACAAAUUCCGAGCGCAGAGCGAGCGGUUCGGCACCCAGAUCUUCUCUGAGACGGUGAAUAGAGUGGACUUCUCGAAGCGGCCGUUCACGCUGUGGACGGAUGAGAAGGAGGUGACGGCAGAGACGGUGAUUGUGGCCACUGGGGCGAUUGCGAAAAGGCUCGAAUUCAAGGGCUCGGGGGAGGUUGGCGGUUUCUGGAACAAGGGCAUCUCGGCGUGCGCGGUGUGCGACGGGGCCGCUCCAAUCUUUCGAAAUGUGCCGUUGGUCGUGAUCGGGGGCGGUGACUCUGCCAUGGAGGAGGCGAUCUUCCUGACGAAGUAUGGGUCCAAGGUUUACAUCAUCCACAGGAGGGACGAGUUUAGGGCGAGCAAGAUCAUGCAGAAACGGGCGUUAGAGCACCCGAAGAUUGAGGUACUCUGGAACACUGUUGUGAACGAGGCGUAUGGGAACGAGAAGGGCAGGCUGGGUGGACUGAAGGUGCAGAAUGUUGUAACGGGGGCCGUGACAGAUCUUCCGGUGAACGGUCUCUUCUUUGCGAUAGGGCAUGAGCCUGCGACCAAGUUCUUGGACGGACAGCUGGCGAUGGACGAGGAUGAUUACAUCAAGGUCACGCCUGGGACAACAGAAACUAGUGUGGAGGGAGUGUUUGCCGCAGGCGACGUGCAGGACAAGAAAUGGCGACAGGCGAUCACAGCCGCAGGGACGGGCUGCAUGGCCGCGCUCCAAGUGGAGCACUUUCUGGAGUUGCACGGAAUCCAGGAGGGCAAGUCGGACCCGGUCCAAAGCGAGCAGGUCCGCAACGACACGUCCAAACUCGCGGACCAGCACGGGGAGCGCAACGAGCUUCUGCCCGACCACCGGCCAGAGAAGCAAGAGAACUUCGAAGAUGACCAUUCACACCUCGUAUUGCCCCCACGCAGCGAUGAGCCGAUGGCGGACGGGGAAAGCAAGCCGAUGGCGGAUGUGGCUGAGAGCAAGCCGUUGAAGCAGCUUGUUGCUAGCAUGUAAGAGGUGUUCGGGAAGUCGGGAUCGUUGCUGGGGUUGACUAUUUAGCGAAUAUUGAAUUAAGGAAUCCGUUGGAUGCGGAUGUGCUGGCUUUAUCCAUAUUUGGAACGAACAGAUAUCAACUUUGGGUGACGUUGUGGUAAAUGGAUCGGGUAGGAUUUUGUCGGGGAUAUGGCCUUCCCUGGUCCAGCUCGCUGCCGCGAUAUUCUUUAGGUGCAUGGAAUACUACACCUCUGCUGGUCAAUGAUACUGGUCGGAACUUGUAAGUACACAGUAUAUUAUAAUAGUUGCAUAUGAUCUGCGAAGGAGGGCUGGAGUCCGACCCUUCUUGGAGCUGUCUACGAAGUUCAGGCUGCACUUGAUGUUGUCUAGCGCGGGUGUGCCCCCAGGAUUUGGAUGGAGCCUGGCCUUUGCGCGGAUAAGUUGAUUGAUUAAAGUAUCAGUCAGGAUAGCCCUACGAAUGAUUGAUUAGAGUAUGAUUAAUCAUGCAGAACUUUUCGGCUCGGAAAUCAUAAAAGCCUGAGCUAACCGAAUAUCCCCAUAAUACCAUGGCUUGCAUAUGCUGACACCGGC